AGUUAUGGUCUCGAUCCCGCGUAUUAUUACACAUUACCAGGAUUCACGUGGGAUGCCAUGCUUAAACAUACACGUAUAAAUUUCGAACUCCUCACGGACAUUGAUAUGGUCAUGUUUAUCGAGCGCGGUAUACGUGGCGGUCUGAGUCAAUGCUCCAGUAGAUAUGCGCAGGCUAACAACAAAUAUAUGCACUCGUAUGAUCCAUCGAAAGCUUCCUCAUACUUGAUGUACUUUGACGUAAAUAAUCUAUAUGGAUGGGCAAUGUGUCAACCAUUGCCAUACGCCGAAUUUCGAUGGGUCGACGAUGUUGCAGAUUUUGACUUUAGUGCGAUCGCCUCGGACUCGCCCACGGGUUACAUUCUCGAGGUCGAUCUCGAGUACCCACAAAGUAUACACGACGAGCACACUGAUCUACCGUUCUGUCCAACGCGCGAUAAGCCGCCUGGCAAGCGGCAGGCAAAACUUCUGGCGACUCUAUAUUGCAAGAAGCGUUACGUCAUUCACUAUCGCAACCUGCAGCAAUGUACGCGUCAUGGUCUUCGCGUCACAAAUAUACAUCGCGUACUACAAUUCGCGCAAUCCGCAUGGCUCC